AUGAGUAUGUCUUCAUCAAUUCCUUCUUCUCUAAGUCAAACAUUAUCAUUAAUUCAACAAAAAACUUCAUUUGGCUUCGCUUUACUCUUUCUCAUUUUCGGUGUAACUGGAUGUUUUCUCAACAUAUUACUCUUUUCUCGACGACAAUUUCGCAGUGUGUCUUGUUCUGCAUAUUUUCUGGCAUCGUCGGUUGUGAUGUUCAUUCAAUUGAGUUUUUCUGCUUGUACAAGUCUUUAUGCAUCAUAUUACGAUUUUUCAAUAAUUUAUUCGAUAUCAUUUUGUAAAUUAUGGUUUUAUAUUCUCAAUUCGACCUCGAUUAUGUCACGUUGGAUAUUAAGUGCUGCAUGUUUAGAUCGUUAUGCACUUUCAUCACGAAAUAUUCGUUUAAGAAAUUUAGCAAAUGUUCAAACAGCUCAUCGAGUUAUUUUCCUUAUUAUUCUAAUCGCAUUAAUCUUUCCAAUUCAUAUUCUUGUUUUAUACGAUAUCAAAUCACGGAAUUGUAAUAUAUUUAACAAUUAUAUCGGUUCAGUUUACAAUGUAAUUGUUUUAAUGAUUAACACGGGAAUAAUUCCAUUGAUUGUGAUGAUUAGUUGUACUUUGUUGAUUCGAAAGAAUCUUUUAGAAAAACAAAAACGUCGUCAAAUUCUUGAAAAUCAGCCAGUACAUACGAUGAAUCACGAAGAUGAAGUUCGACGUAAACGUGAUCAACAAGCUCUUCGAAUGUUAUUCGCACAAGUCAUAAUUUUUGUUGUGAUCAUCACACCGUAG